AUGGUUUUAAUUAGUUUUACUAAUAUAGUAGUUGAUGAAUUUUCAUAUGGAAAAUAAAAUCCUCUAAAAAAUUAUCUGUACUUUCUUACACAUAUGCAUUCAGAUCAUUAUCAAGGUCUAUCCUAAAAUUGGAACUAUGGACCAAUUUAUUGUUCUAAAACGACAAAAAGAUUAUUAUUAUAGAAGUUUCCUCAUUUAAAACGAGUGAUGGCAUUAGAUAUGAAUGAAGAAAUAAGAAUAUGUAUAAAUGAAUAAAAUAAAAUAUAUAUAAGUGUAUAUUUAUUUGACUCUAAUCAUUGUCCGGGAUCUGUGAUGUUUAUGUUCGAAGGCUAUUUUGGUCGUAUUUUACAUACAGGAGAUAUGAGAUUUAGUUUAAAAAUGAUAGAGAAAAAUCCAAUACUUUAUCCUUUAGAAAAUAAAGAUCCUUAAAAAGGCAGAUGUUCAUUAUAAAUAGAUGAGUGUAUAUUUGAUAAUACAUAUUGUGAUCCCGAAUUCUAAUUUCCAGAUUAAGACAAAGCUAAAUAAAUGCUAAUUUAAAUUAUAGAUUAACACAAAGGAAAUUAAAAUUUAAGAGUCUUUUUAUGUAUGGAUUCAAUAGGGAAAGAAGAGAUUUUUGUUUUUUUAUCUGAAUAUUAUCAAACUUUGAUAGUAGUUAAUGAACAGAGAUAUUAAACUAUAUUAUGUAUAAAAAGCCUACCUUAUCAAUAUUUUACCACAAACAGAAAUUAAGGAUGGAUUGAAAUAAUAAAAAAAGUAGACAGAAGAGAAAGAAUUGCAAAUAACCCUGAUGCGAUAACUAUAACAUGUACAGGUUGGAUAAACAUUCGAAACUACUUAACAUGGGAUAAUAUCAAUUACUUAGUUCCUUAUAGUUUGCAUAGUAACUUUUAAGAAUUAGAAUUAUUUAUUUCAAGUGUUCGCCCUUCAAUAUUAAAUUAAGUAGUAAGAAAUAGACCAAAAUAAUAAAUUCAUGAACAAAUGUUAGGAUAGAAUAAUACUUUAUUUAGUCUUAAAUAAAAAGGAUUGAUUAUAUUUAAAAAGAAUUUUUUAAGUGAGAAUACUAUGUCGAAAGAAUACAAAGAGUUAAUGACAAAUGGAUAAAAAUAAAAAGAGAUUAAUUUUCUUUUAGGACUUGAAAUAUCAGAAUAAGAAAAAAUAUUAGAAAAUAGUUUGAGCUUUUAAUUCAAAAACUAAUAAAUUUUUUGCUAAAAAAGAAGAAAUACCAAAGGUGCAAAGUUAUCUGAUCCUAUUAAAAAUAAAUCUUUUAAUGAAGUAGAUGCUCAUAAAGCUAAAUUAAGUAUUUAGGAAAUGAAAUAAUAAAAAGAAAAGGAAGAAGAUAUUAAUAAGUAGGCUUCAUAUUAAAUUGUGAAUAAAAAAAUAAAAUUAAUUUAAUCAAAAUUGUUUAGCAAUAUAAAAAAUAAUUAAAAUUUUAUUUAAAAUAAUAAUGAUAAAUCUUUUAAAAAUACAAAAAAUAAUGAAAACUUUAUUUAAAUUAAUAGUGAUAGUGAUAGUGAUAAUGAAUGUGAAAGUGAAAAAUAAACAUAAAAUUCAAAUUUAUAAUAAUAAUAGCCAAGAAAAAUAUAUAAGAUUGAUGAAAAAGAAAUUGAAUAAGAUAUUCAAAAAAUAGAUGAAAUUAGUAAGUAAGAAGAAGAAAAAAGUCAAAAUAGUCUUUAAAAAAUUAUACAAUUUCAAAAUAAUAAUGACAAAAAUUUGUAGAAAGAUAGAAUUAAAUAUAUUUUAAAUAAGUAUUUUAUAAAAAAUUGAUUAUAUUGUUAUUUCAAUUAUGUGAUUUUAUAAAUAAUUUUUGUAUAUACUUUAAAAUAUAUUUAA